AGUAUCAAGUGGACCAGAAGCUGGCAGCUGCAAAGUGUUUUUUCAGUGCUGAGAAAAGAAGGGGGACGGCUCUUUCACCCUGCCUGGCGUACUCGAUGAUGACAACAGUGAGCAAGCAAGGACACUGGUAGUAAAGGCUCAGGGAAGGAGCAACACUUCAGGAAAGGCACAGCAUCUCUCAGCGUCAUUUCAGUGCCGGGGAGUGGAGAGAGAGAUAGAGAGAGAGAGAGAGACAGGAGUUGAAGUUCAACAAGUGGAACAGAAUGAUGAGAGAGAACGAGGGGCAGACAGAAAAAACACACUUCAGAAUCUGAAGGAAUUGUGAAAAGCCCCCAAGGCUUAAGAAAUAACAGUUUCAACCUGGAUGUGUGACUUUUUUUAUUAGAGCUUCCAAGGGAGGAGACUGGGAAUAAUCAACCACAGCUGACAGUACGGACUCUGAGCCCCAGGCAGGUAGCAGUAACAUUGCUUAGUUGCUGCUGUAUAUAUGUUAUACAAUUCAGCUUCCAUUCAGUUCCGUUCUAUGUAAGAAGUCUUGAGACUUCCAUUUGAACUCCAGACGAAGACUAGUCACCAGCAGGGAUUGCUUUUGGGUAGAAAGCUGCAAGGACAACGCAAGGAGGAGAUUUGCAACUCGGAAGUUGUCUUCUGAGUUGGGUACACCAUUGCUGUGUGUCGUGAACCUCUGCCAAACACUUUGAGCAGGAGACUCAUCUACUCCGGUAGCAUUGGGCUCUGUUUGAAUCUCAGCUGAUCUCAGGAGUCUCGAGUCAGGAUGGACCCGAGCGAGCUGGCCGGUCUGGACAGCGCAGACGCUCAGACGGUGUGCGAGGCGCUGGGCCGCUACGAGGACACACUGCGGGACGCGGUGCGGGAGAUCCACGUGGACAUCAACGUGUUCAAGAAGGGGGUGGAGCGACGCAUGGAGGACACCCUGCGCCUGGUCAGCCCGCUGUCUCGCUCCGUGUCCGAGCUGCAGCAGGAGAACCGGCAGCUCCGUGCGCAGCUGGAGGCCCUGGCCAGGCAGGUGGACCUGCUGACCAGGGCGGCCUGCCUGGGACACACUGCAGGGGAGAGGAACGAGAGCACCGCCCCACACUCCCCCCGCUCCCCCACCUCGCCCGGCUCUUCACACUCCCCCUGCAUCCCCCCGCCAGCCCCCUCCUGUGCUGCCUCUGCCCGCUUCUCCAGCCGAGCCACCUUCGCUGUGUCCAGCAAGACCAACAGCAUUGACCGAGAGGAGCCAACGGAGCCAGAGAGGAUCGUGGAGAAUGGACACCAGCUACUUCCAGAGAGAGAAAGAGUUUCACAGGAAGUGACCUCCUCACCUGUGUCCAGCAGCGCUCCUCAGGUACAAACCCUCUCGGUGUCCAUGCUCAAGCCACACCUCCCCAUCACCGCGGUUACCAAGACAGCAGACACCCCCGUCGCCGGGGCAACCAAAACACCGCCCACCACUCCCGGAGAGACCCCUCCUCCACCGUUCACUAAAGCCGAGGCUGUCAGCCAGUCAGCAACCAGCAACAGCCAGAAGGAGGUUGUGGCAGAACUCAGUAGCCAAUCAGGUGUUGUCGGGGCAGUGAAGACCUGGAGCCCCAGCCCAGUCAGGACAAUGAGCUCGGCUCGCACCCCAGAUAAACCCAUCUCUGUGGCAAAGCCUGUGUCGUCCGUCGGCUACUCCCCUUCAGGUACCCCCGCCAACAAGGACAGCGGGUUCGAUGGCUAUUACGACAUGACCCCAAAGCCUGGCUCUCCUCCGGUGCUGCCCAGGCAGGUGGAGCGGCGCAGGGAGCUGGUGAGGUCCCAGACUCUGCCCCGCACCAUGGGGGCUCAGACACGCAAGGCCAUGUUCGAGAAACUGGAAUCCAACACCAACAGUUUCAGGGCCAGUGUUGGGGACUCGAAACCCAAGCUGAAACGCUCCCAGAGUUUUGGGGUGUCCAGCGCUAACAAUAUCAAACAGAUCCUGCUGGAGUGGUGCCGAUCCAAAACCAUCGGGUACCAGAACAUUGACAUCCAGAACUUCUCGUCCAGCUGGAAUGACGGCAUGGCGUUCUGUGCUCUCGUCCACUCCUUCUUCCCGGAGGAGUUUGAUUACAACACCCUGAACCCUGCCAACCGCAAGGAGAACUUCGAGAUGGCCUUCACCAAGGCAGAAGACUUGGCAAACUGUGACCGGCUGAUCGAGGUGGAGGACAUGCUGCUGAUGGGUCGCAAGCCUGACCCCAUGUGUGUGUUCACCUACGUGCAGUCGCUGUACAACCACCUGCGGAGAUUCGAGUGAACGCCAGCCCGGGGGGGCACAGGGACGACCACCCCCACCCUCCAAACCCCAUGAAGAGAAGCUAGCUCCCCUUGCCACCCCCAUCCCCGUCUCUGUAGAACCACCAGCACUGAUCAUAGCUGUGCUUCCACUAUACACAAUUUUUAAAAAAAUGUGUUUUUUUCCAGGACGUUUUGAUACUGUAACUGUUUCUAAAGAAGCCACUUCUGUUCCAAAUCCCUUCUUGAUUAUCCCCCCAGGAGGACAGCAGCUCACAAGUCUGUUGUAGAACAGCAACCUUCUUACCAGGCACAGAUUGCACGGCCGAGUCUGGCGCAGAAGCAACGUAGAUGAACAUUGAAUAACUGCCUGUGACUACUGGCACAUGCAGACUUUCCAGGAGCUCGGGGUCAGCCAUGCUAAAUGGACCCCUGCAAGAGGGGAGAACAGUGCAGUGAGUGUAGAAAUAGAACUAGUGUCUGAUUAUCCGUACGGUGUGUAAUCUUCGUAAAGUCUGGCAAAGGGCUCCUACAUCCGCACCGAUUCAAAGUGCCUGUCGCCUAUUGAGGCUCUAUGACUGUGUGUGUUCUGUAAAUCACAACAUCACAAGCAGUACUAAAUGUAAUCCUGUCUGUCGUAUACCCUGCAUACAGCAGAGGGUGGCGCAGUAAUGUCUGGCUUUAUUGAAAUCCUAUUGCGAUAGUAGGGAGGUUACAGUUGCUUAAAUUGGGAAUCAUACACCAAAAUUCUUUUAAGCCUAUACUAUGUUUUUUUGUUUUUUUUUCAAAAAAGUCACAUAGAAUCGCCUGCUAGUGUUUUUGCUUGGUCUGUUCUUUGCCAAAACAAUAUUUGGCAUUUUUAGUUUGUGCUGUCUAUGGGCGUGCGUAUACUUAUGCAGUAAUGCAUCUUUUGUUCUGCUUCAUGCAAGCUGUGUAUUUUUAAUAGUUCUGGGAUAACCAGAUUAUAAAGAAAAGCAACAAAGAGUUUGCUUCUCAAAUUAAAAUUGAAGGUAUAACGUUACAGAUUAUUAUUUUGUUCAAAGGAUCGUUUAGGAUAUAAAAAAGAAAAGAAAAGAAACCCUGUCCUCUUUUUCCAGGCGUACGAGAGAGCUCUUUAUUUUAUCUGGUUUGUUCCAGUCCAGUUCUGUUUUUAAUGUAGCUGUCAAGCGCGUGUGUGAAGUAUAGGGUUACUUUGCAUCAGAGCACAUUAAUCAGCCUAGCCAAAGCAAUGACGUAUUCUAGCUUAACUCUGCGUUUCUACUUAAAACAAAAAAACUAAAAAAAAAGAAAUAUGCGUCAUAAGUAGUUUUAACAAACGAGUAUCUAAAAAGACCAAAAAAAAAAAAGCAAUAUGUGCCAGAAAAAUGCCAAAGGGGGUGCCAAAAUGCUCGUAAAACAGGCCCAAAGUAAAAAAGAGCGAUCCGUCUUCAGAGAUGCUUCUGCCAGGAGGGAUUUUCUUGCAAGGCCUGCCUGUACAAGCUGCUCCACAGACACAGAGUGCCCUGAACAGCUUCAGGGGCUCGGGAGAGCAGAGAGCUGAGCUCCCAGUGUGCUUCAGGUGGCAUGUUUAACAAGUCAUUCUGCCUCUAGGAAGAAAACCAGCCAGCAGAGUUCGGAUUAACUGGCUGUGUCGCAACAGUGACACCUAGUGGUAGCAUGAGCAUGAGGCAUUAAAAAGCCAGUUAACUGCAUUACACUCCUGCCUCUGAGUGAACAGGUGUUAAAGGUCAACUCUCUCUACAUAAUAUAUAUAUAUUCUACACGUGGUAAACUAGCAAGGGGAUUUGUUGACUUCUGUAUGUACAACCACUAAAAUAAACUGUUGAAAUUGUUUCUUU